GUAUUUUUUCAUGAUAACAUGGAUUGAGAAAUGCUAUUCUGUUUCACUGAUAAUUGUGUAAAUAUGUUACAUAUAUAGGACAAUACUACGUUCUGUUUUAUCAUAAAGAUGCAAAUACUUUCUCUAAAUUUUCUAAUAUAUACUGUCGUUGGUAUAUGGCGACCUAUUGACUGGUCAUCGAAUGUUGCUAAACUGCUUUAUAAUGCAUUUACCUUUAUUGUGCUGGUCUUGGAAUACUUUUUAAUGUUAACUCAAUUUAUGGACAUUGUUUUUGUUGUCGAUAAUAUCGAUGAUUUUAUCACGAAUACUGUAAUGUUCCUUAGUAUUGUUGGUGUGUGUUUUAAAGCGACCAUUGUUAUAAUACGUCGAAAUUCAAUUAUUAGCCUAGUGCAUAUAUUAUUGAAGGCACCAUAUAAACCUCGAGAUGAAGACGAAAUGGCAAUACAAAUGAAAUAUGAUAAGUUUAUAAAGUCAUGCUCGAUAAUGUAUUUACUUUUGGUGAUAAGUUCCGUUACAGGCGUCACAGCAGGGUCGGUGUUAAACAUAAUGCAAGGUCAUUUACCUUACAGAGUAUGGUUGCCAUACGAUAUUAACGUAUCUCCGAUUUUCUGGAUUACGUCCAUUCAACUGAUUUUAUCAGUAAUUCUCGGCGCAAUUAUAACUGUUGGCACGGAAACUUUAGUUUUUGGAUUAUUUUUGCAAACUUGUGCUCAGUUUGAAAUUUUUGAAAAUCGUCUUCAUAAAUUAAUUAUUAACAAAAUAGCUAGUUAUCUGAAUCAUUUACCUGCUUCACCAAAUAACAAAAAAGUAACAAUAUCGAAGUACAUACAUCAUCAUCUCUGCAUUUACAAAUUCGCUAAGACAAUAAACAUCAUAUUCAAUCAAAUAUUCUUCGUUCAAUUUUUUGGCAGUAUAUUAUUAAUAUGUACGAGUGUAUAUUAUGUCUCAACGCAUAUAAUGGAAUCCAGAAGUGCAACUAUGAUAAUUUAUACUUGUAGUAUGUUUGUACAAAUCUACUUUUUCUGUUGGUCCGGAAAUGAAGUUAUACUUAAAAGUAUGAAUGUAGGAGAUGCGAUAUAUCACACAGAAUGGCCUUUAUUAUCAAUUAGCGAUAAGAAGGAACUUUUGAUGAUCAUGAUGCGUAGCACAAUUCCUAUUAAGUUUACGAGUAGUUUUUUGAUAACUUUAUCUCUUCAGUCUUUCAGUAAUAUUUUGAAAACAUCAUAUUCUGCAUUUAAUAUAUUGCAAAAGUGA